AUGGACAGACCGAAACGGACGGGUCUCAACUUCCGCCCACCCUCCACCGCGCGCGGCGCACGCUCCGCCGAAUUCGAUCCCCCUCAUGUAUCGUUCCUUCAGGGGCAAUGGUAUGUCACGCACUCGACGCUGCCCAUGUGGAAGUCGAAUCGCAACGUGACCAUCACAUAUACGUCGCUCGACAACAACGCCGAAGUCCUGGACGAUCUAGUUGAAUACCAGCCCCUGCACUCGGACAAGCGCAAGAGGGUGGAAGGCGUCGAUACUCCUGGCGCAGAUACCGUGGCCACAUACAGCUGGCGCGGCAGGGGAUGGUUGAGGAUCGCGUCGAGUCACUGGCAGGUGCUAGGCUGGGGCGAGGAAGAGGGCGACUGGAUGGUCACGUACUUCCAAAGCACACUGUUCACGCCCGCCGGAGUCGACAUCUACUCUCGACGAAAGGGAGGCCUGUCGCCCGAACUAGUCGACCAGAUCACAGAGGAGAUCAGGAACAUCAAAGACCGUAAGGUCUCCAGGCUGGCCUGGUUCAUCUUUCCCAUCCUGCAUAAUUGGUAA